AUGGAUGGCCCCUUAUCAAGUGCUAUCAAGGAACUAAAAGGAGUUUUAAAGUACUUGGAAUCGUAUAGAAGUGACGACGGGUUUGCAAGUACUAUAACUGAUGCUAAAGAACUUGCAGAAAUAUUAGGCGUUGAUUCGGAUUUCAAAAGUGCUCAAAACGUUCGACCACGGCGGCAGAAAAGACAAUUUGAUUAUGAGUCAGAAGAUCAAGCAGUACAGGAUCCUAAAACAAGACUCAAAGUAGGUUUCUUUUUUCAAACACUGGAUGUGACAAUAUCUUCCAUAAAAGAGCGAUUUGAUCAAUUACAAGCUCACAAUUCACACUUCUCUUUUCUGUACGACAUAAGUGCGCUGAAACAUAUGCCACUAACUGUUUUACUGGAUAAUUGCACAAAAUUGGAAACUUUUUUAACUCACCAAGAUCUAAAGGAUAUUGACGCUCAACAACUCUCAGACGAACUACAAGUUUUAUCACAUUCAAUUGAUGAAACAGUAUCACUGACACCGUUGAAUGUGUUACAACACGUGGUUGAAAUUGGGAUUGACUGCUAUUCCAACUUCGCGAUUGCCCUCAGAAUACUGCUUACUCUUCCGAUCACCGUGGCUAGUGGCAAACGCAGUUUUUCAAAAUUAAAAUUAAUUAAAACCUACUUAAGAUCUACGAUGAGCGAAAUGCGUUUAAUGGACUUAACAAUUAUUUCGAUUGAGUAA